UCAUGAUACGGGAUGUUUGGGUCGUGGAUGUUACAACUAGUCCCUAGCGGCGCAGAUUUCAAAGAGAAAAUAAUAGUCCACCAAUCUUCUUGAAGCGUUUUUAUUUUAUUUUUACACCAUACGGGGAUAAUACUAGAAAAUACUCUGAAUUUGGAGCUAUUUACGCAUUGUCAAUGCCACUGAAAUCGAUUUACCGGUAGGUAGUACGUGAACUCGCGCCGCUUAGUUAAGACGCUUGUCAACCGAACAAAAAAACUUGCUUUCUUCGCAGGUGAACAAGUAUUUGGAAGAGUUGUUUUCCCUGUUCGUUUACGAACUUUUCAUAAUGAUUACAAAUAAAAUACUAUAUCGAUGAUCGAUCCCCCCCACCCAUAAAUAAAUCCAAGACACCUUGGAAAAUGGACAAAUUCGUGGUGCGUCUACCAAACGGGGAAGUACCCAAGGAAACGAAGGGUAAAGAAAAAGUGUAUCGACAAGCAACUAUUGAGUCUCUACGCAGAGUGGUGGUGAUCGAAGACAUUGAAAGGUACAAGUCCAUGCUGGAACUGCCUGGUCAGACCAAAGAGAAUCUGCUACUAGCCCUGGCAGAGCUCAACAAGAAGAUGCCGUCCAAGGAGGUGCUCAAGUCAACCAGAAUAGGCCACACUGUUAACAAGAUGCGUAAGCAUCACCCCGACCCUGAGGUGAGUUCCCUAGCGGCUGAAGUGUACACUGUAUGGAGGCGCUUCAUUGAAGAGCACUCCAACAAGCCCUCCAUAGAAGUACGCUGUGACAAGCAGACUGAGGGACUGAGGAACAACGCCAGGAGAAUGUUGUCUGAAGCUCUGGAAGUGGAGACAGACAGUGGUCUGGUGGAGAAUAUAGAGAGAGAGGUUUUCCACCAGAGUUCUCGGCUGGUCAGCGGCUCCUACAGACGAACUAUCAGGAAGCUGGUCUUCGCACUCAAACACCAGCCAGAGGUCAGGGGUCAAGUCAAGGAGAGUAAGAUCCCAGUAAACCAGCUGGUGUCCACCCACAAGAACUGCAGAAGACUGUUGAAGUGUUUGAGAUCGACUCUGUUGCGGUCGGACUGAGCAGAAUCACUGCUCUACAAAGCAACCCAAAAUAAAGAAUCAGAUUCUUUGAUCAAGAUAGGGUGAUUCUGAACCUCGCUUUGCUCAAAUGGAUCUACUCAAACAUGUUGGUAGCUAAACCCAGACCCAUGAGACCUGCUGCAAAGGAAGACUGCGACAUGCCAGUUGUUUCUGGAUUGGUGCUUUAAAAAAAAAAAAAGCUGGUCUCCAAUCACAAGAAGCUGGAACAUUCUGACAAAUACUGGAUUGGUGCCUUUUUCUAAAAUGGUGAAAGACAGUUGGAGCACACAGUCAUUAAUCAUAUGAAUUACCUCUUUUAAUUGAGCUGUUUUGUGUUCAUCUUAGAUUUUAUAUAUUGAAGUAAAUCAAAUGUUGAUUUC